AUGGAUAAGAAGAAUUCCUUCCCGAAUGAUCUUCCUGAAGGCACAAUCUCUGCGCUAGUCCAGAAGCAGAGCAAUGUGCAGCCUUCUGUAAUCGUGAUUGGCAGCGGAAUAUCAGGUCUUGCUGCUGCUAGGAACCUCUCCGAAGCAUCUUUUAAGGUGACGGUUCUUGAAUCACGAGAUAGGAUUGGUGGUCGCAUCCAUACGGAUUAUUCCUUUGGCUGUCCAGUUGAUAUGGGAGCUUCAUGGUUACAUGGAGUCUCGAACGAGAACCCCUUGGCUCCAAUCAUACGCAGUCUCGGGCUGACUUUAUACCGAACUAGCGGGGAUGACUCCAUCUUGUAUGAUCAUGAUCUUGAAAGUUAUGGACUUUACGACAUGCAUGGGAAUAAAGUUCCACCGAAGUUGGUCACUGAAGUUGGAGAUGCAUUCAAGAGAAUCCUAGAAGAGACGGAGAAAAUAAGGGAUGAAACUGCUAAUGACAUGUCUGUUCUUCAAGGAAUAUCAAUCGUCUUGGAAAGAAAUCCAGAACUAAGGCUAGACGGGAUGGCGUACGAAGUCUUGCAGUGGUACAUAUGUAGAAUGGAGGCAUGGUUUGCUGUAGAUGCGAAUUUGAUAUCACUAAAAUGUUGGGAUCAGGACGAAUGUCUUUCAGGUGGUCAUGGUCUAAUGGUGCAAGGUUAUGAGCCAGUGAUCAGAACACUUGCAAAAAACAUUGACAUUCGCUUGAGCCAUAGGGUUACUAAAGUAUCAAGAACACCUAACAACAAAGUGAUAGUCGAAGUCGAGAGCGGAACCAAUUUCGUUGCCGACGCUGUUAUCAUCACGGUUCCCAUCGGCGUUCUCAAAGCAAACCUGAUUCAGUUCCAGCCAGAGCUCCCACAAUGGAAGACAUCCGCCAUAUCGGGCCUCGGCGUAGGCAACGAGAACAAGAUCGCCCUGAGAUUCGACAGAGUCUUUUGGCCCAACGUUGAGUUCUUGGGGAUGGUGGCACCGACUUCUUACGCCUGUGGCUAUUUUCUGAACCUUCACAAGGCAACAGGCCAUUCGGUUCUCGUUUACAUGGCCGCCGGAAACCUAGCCGAAGACCUCGAAAAGCUAUCCGAUGAAGCCACCGCAAAUUUCGUUAUGCUUCAGCUCAAGAAAAUGUUCCCGGACGCUCCUGAUCCGGCUCAAUAUCUAGUGACACGGUGGGGAACGGAUCCAAACACAUUGGGGUGUUACGCGUACGACGUGGUUGGGAUGCCGGAGGAUCUUUACGCGAGGCUAGGAGAGCCAGUGGAUAACAUUUUCUUCGGAGGAGAAGCUGUGAACGUCGAGCAUCAAGGAUCGGCGCACGGUGCCUUCUUGGCCGGAGUGUCGGCUUCUCAGAACUGUCAAAGGUAUAUCUUCGAGCGGCUCGGGGCUUGGGAGAAGCUUAAGCUUGUUUCCCGUAUGAGGAAUAGUGAUGUUCUUGAAAAUGCAAGUGUACCUCUCCAAAUCUCAAGGAUGUAA